CUCCCACCCACCAGACCCAACCCAAACCCUCUCCUUCUCCUCCAGUCCUUCUCGCCUGAGCUGAGCUCCCAAGAAGAGCUGCGGGGGCGCCAUCCGGCAGUUGGCCACAAACAGCAACCUCCCAGCCGACGACUAGCUCGCUCCCUUCCCUACCCACCCCCACCAACCACUGCCGCCGGCAACCAGGGAGCUUCACAUCCAUCCUCCGCGCGCGCCCUUUUCGUUGGUGCGCACCUAACCUUUCUGCCUGCCUGCCGGCUGCGAGCGAGCGACCACUACAAGUGAGCUAGCGAGGCCGGCGGUGUCGGGGAUGAAGAAGCUCUACCAGGGGAAGGGCCGGCGGGUGCACCCGGCGCCGCCGCCGGCGCCCGACGCUGCCCUCGCGCUCCUCCCGGCCGCCCUGCUCGCCCUCGCCGCCACCCUCGCGCCCGAGGAGCAGGAGGUGCUCGCCUACCUGCUCUCCGGCAUCGGCACCGGCGGCGGAGGAGCACCAAGUGGUCGGCGCAGCACCAAGCGCCACAACGGGCCGCACCAGCCGGAGAUGGGCUGCGGCUGCUUCGGCUGCUACAAGACCUACUGGGCGCGCUGGGACGCCUCCCCCAACCGCCACCUCAUCCACCGCAUCAUCGACGCCGUCGAGGAGGGCUCCUCCUCCGCCGCCGGUCCCACGCGCCGCCGCCGCCGCCGUGGCGGGCGCGCCGGCCACGCCCUCGACGCCGCCGCCGCUGCCGACGCCCCCCUGCCAGACGCAUGCCGCGUUGACCUCCAGCCCUGCUGCGCCUCCGACGGCGGGGGCGAGGACGGCGACUACGAGGGCGACGACGACGACGGCGCCGACAGCGUCUACGGCGGCGAGGCCGAAGACGCCCUCACGGACGACAGCGACUGCAGCGCCUCCGCUGCCAACGAGAAGAGCGCCGUGGGCAAGCUCGUGCGCUUCAUCGGCGAGAAGGUCUGGGCCGCCUGGACCUGAGCCACCCAGCUCACCUGCCUCUACUUAGCCGUUCUUGUAGAUUAGGAGCAAGGAAGGAAGAAGACCGCCAAGAUGGCGAGGUCGUCAAGGUCAGUAAGGCUACCGGUAGUAGUUGUUUGUUUUGUUCAAGAACACUUUUUGCUGUUCUUUCUUUCGAUUUCUCAUGAUGAUGAUGAGCACUACUGAGGUUUGGAGCUGAGGCGGAUUAACAUGGGUUUAAUCAGAACCAAAUCCCCCACUCUCCCUCCUCUCAUGUAAGAUAUUUUUGCUCCCCUGCUUCAACAACAACAAGGAACUUCUUGCAAGCUCGUUCCCAUUCCCCCCUU